AUGCCUCUCGCCACAGUCAAGUACGUCGACCCAACGCCCCAUACCGACAACAAAGGAAACCAAACAAACCACUGGUCCAAAGUAGAAGGACCCUUCCAAUCCUUCAAUCUCCUCGACAGAACCCGCAACAUUCAAGACAUUUCCCAAACCAAAUCCCACUUCGAAAUCGACACCUGCGGUUUCGCAGUCCAUCACUGGCCUAUCCAGCAGGAAGUAUUCGCCAACAACGAAGAGACAAUAAAAGCCACAUACUAUCCUCAAGUAGAAGAACUCCUCCAUGAGAAACUCCCAGGCAAAAUCCAUAAGAUUGUGAUUUUUGACCAUACGUUUCGACAAAUGGAUAAGGAUUCCCCUAGGAAACCUGUGAUGCAAGUUCAUGUGGAUCAAACGGCUGAAGCAGCAAAAGCACGAGUUCAGAGACAUCUCCCCCCGGAUGAAGCGGAGAUAUUAUUACAAAGUCGGUAUUCUCUGAUUAAUGUCUGGCGACCGGUUGGGAAUCCCGUGUGGGAAUAUCCGUUGGCUGUUCUGGAUUGGAGAAGUCUUGCCCCUGAGGAUUUCGUUUUAUGUGGAUCUUCUCUAUCCGAUUCGUAA